AAGUUGACUCAAAUCCAUAACUGAAAAAAAACAAAACAAAGAAAGCAGCCUGAAACGAUCAGACGCACUUCUGUCCCACACGGCCACACUCUUAAGUCCGGCACGGCGGCACCCCCGCUCUGAACCACCGUGAGGAGAGAGAUAGUGACGAUACUUAAUUCCGCGGUUAUCAAACAAAAACAAAGUAUCCGUAUUUUAGCGGGUGCCUAAUUGCCUAUGAUUCUGUUGACAAGAAACCAUGUCAGGAGAUACUUCACAGGAUCAGCCAUUUCUACUGCUGAUUAUCUCGAAUCUCCAGUUAUAAAUACGCAAAUCAAUCCACCAACACAAUCUACCCAGAUUACAAACGUGUUCGAAAUUAAUCUCCAGCUUAAGGAGCUUGUAAAAGCUGGUAAUUUGGAAGAUGCACGUACACUGUUCGACCAAAUGCCGCAAAGAGAUGUGGUUUCUUGGACCAACGUAAUAUCUGGUUAUGUAAAUGCCUCAAACUAUGACGAGGGUUUGCAUUUGUUUUCCAGAAUGUGGGUUGAGCCUUAUAUUAGACUUGACCCAUUUGUACUAAGUUUAGCUCUGAAAGCUUGUGGACUUAAUCAUAGUCUAACUAAUGGGAGAUUGUUGCAUGGGGUUUGUGUUAAGAAUGGUCUUGUUAAUUCUGUGUUUGUGGGAAGUUCACUUCUGGACAUGUAUGCUAAAUCCGGUAAUAUUUCUGAGAGUUGUCGGGUUUUCGACGAGAUGCCAGAGAGGAAUGUAGUUUCCUGGACCGCCAUCAUAACAGGACUUGUUAAAGCUGGUUAUUGUAAAGAAGGGCUGUUGUAUUUUUCUGAAAUGUGGUGCUCUGGUUUACACUGUGAUGCAUUUAGUUUUGCUAUUGCAUUGAAGGCUUGUGCUGAUAUAUGUGAUCUGGAACGUGGCAAGGAAAUCCAUACACAAGUUAUGAAGAAGGGUUUUGAUUUGGGCUCUUAUGUGGUGAACACACUUGCUACCAUGUACAAUAAAUGUGGGAAGUUGGAAUAUGGGAUGUGCUUGUUUGGAAGAAUAGGGAUUCCUGAUGUUGUUGGAUGGACCUCGCUCAUUACUUCCUAUGUUCAGAUGGGUAAAGAAGAGAUUGCUGUUCAACAGUUUAAGCGAAUGAGAGACUCCGAAGUGAGGCCUAAUGAAUAUACAUUUGCAGCUGUAAUUACUGCUUGUGCACAUCUGGGUAGAGUUAUCUGGGGUGAACAAUUACAUGGUCAUGUAAUGAAAACUGGUUCUGUGGAUGCUCUAUCAGUUGCAAAUUCAGUCAUGACAUUGUAUUCAAGAUGUGGGCAGUUAAAAUCAGCAUCUUUAAUUUUUGAAACUAUUACUAAGAAAGAUAUUAUUUCAUGGACCAGCAUAAUUACAGGAUAUUCUCAAGCUGGUUAUGGCAAAGAAGCGUUUGAUUAUUUCUCAUGGAUGAGGAAGGAAGGGCCAAAACCUACCGAAUUUGCUUUUGCUAGUAUGUUGAGCGUCUCAGGAAGUAUGGCAGUUCUGGAACAGGGUAGGCAACUACAUGGUUAUAUUUUGAAAGGUGGAUUAGAACACAAAUCUUUGAUACAAAGUGCACUAAUUACUAUGUAUUCCAAAUGUGGAUGCAUAAAAGAUGCUUCAAAGAUAUACAGUGGUACAAGCAAUGAUGAUGUUGUGUCAUGGACUUCCAUGGUAAAUGGAUUUGCUGAACAUGGUGACAGCCUAAAAGCUUUAGAUUUGUUCAACAAAAUGCUGCAAGCUGGUCUGAGGCCAGAUGCUGUGACAUUCAUUGGAGUUCUCUCUGCUUGUAGUCAUGCAGGACUUGUAGAUUUGGGUUAUAGCUAUUUUAAUUCUAUGACCCAAAAGUUUCAAAUUAGGCCGUCUAAGGAACAUUACGGCUGCAUGAUUGACCUCUUAUGCAGAGCUGGAAGGCUCACGGAAGCUGAUAAAAUGAUCAAUACAAUGUCAUACGAAGUAGAUGAGGUUAUCUGGUCAACUUUGCUGAGAGCAUGUAGAAUUCAUGGUGAUGUUGAGCGUGCUAGACAUGCAGCUGAAAGGAUUCUUGAGCAUAAUCCUCAUUGUGCUGGGACACUUACUACCUUAGCUAACAUUUACUCUGCAAAAGGGAAGUGGAGAGAAGCAGCGGAUAUUAGAAAGGUGAUGAGAUCUGAAGGGGUAGUAAAAGAGACAGGGUCAUCAUGGAUUAAGAUUAAGGAUGAGGUUUCAACAUUUGUUUCUGGGGAUAAAUCACAUCCAGAUGGUGAUCAUAUAUACAAUGUCCUGGAUUUGCUGAUCUCUGGUGUAGAUGUCAUUGAUCAGGAGGAUGAUGCCCUUCUGUAGACACCUUAUUUAAAUAGAAGCAAAUCUUGGUUUGAUCUAGACCUUAUUUUAAUAUGUGUGCAAGGUGAGAUUGACUGUGUAUGUGAUGGUUGGAAAUUAUUGCGCUUUGCAUCCCAACAUUUUUGUGACCUACGAUAACAAUAUACUUUUCAGUUCUAGGGCUGGAAGUAAUUAAAAAGAUUGCCUUGCGCAUUAUGAGGAAGUUUCCAUAAACCAACUCAAACACCAAUGCCUUUCUUUUGGAAUACUGUAUCUCCUAGCACCCUUGUAUAGCAUAUACUAUUACCCUGGGCCUGAGGUAUUGUCUGAUACCUGUAUCCCAAACAUUAUCAUCUUCUAGUAAAUCUUCAGCAAUUAAGCCUUUCCUAUAUCACCCAUUUUUUAGGAUUAGGGUUCGAACUGAAGUGGUGGGGGUUUCGGGAAGGGAUGCUGAGCUUAAAGUAAUUGAUAUCGGAAGAGUUGAAUUUCAGUGGCAACAAUGAACCAUUUACAGGUAGUUUGUGCUUGACAAGGAGGUACUCUUUCUAUAAGUUUAUGGCACUAUUAUUUCAUUAGAAGUAUACGAAUGCAGAACACUGAUCAUUGAUUUCAUUAACAAAACUUCCUGGAGAUAUGGAUGCAAUGGAUCCUUCCAUUGCAAUAAGGGAGGAUGAAGCCAGCACUUUUGAGUUUUGAGAUAAGUUACAUCAGGUCUAUUGUCAGAUGUGAUAAACUCGAGGCUGAUUUUUGUGUCGAUAGCUUGAAGAAGCGGCUGGAGAAAGCAAAGGCUGAUAAGAAGAAGGGUUCUGCAGCCAAACCUUUCCAACAUUCGAGUUCACAGUCCUGUGAAAAUGCAUGAACGGUGUUCAAAGCCAUGGAAACAAGAUUCCUCAGGAUGUUUCAGAAUCAGGGAUGCAAACAGAAAACGCCUAUUGAUCCUCUUUAUGAUAAAGGUCUCUUUAUAUACUACUGGAAACCUUGAACAAAAUGUCAGCCAUGACAAAAACAGCUCUGGAGAGUCAAAUGUCAAUUUGUGAAUGAAUGUUCUUCAAAGGGCCCGAGUUCUUAUCCCGAGGUUAUCUCGAAAUAGUUGAGUGCUCGGACUUGUGGGAAUGGCAUUUACAUCUCAAUUAUUCCCUAAAUUCCCGUGUGUUAUUGGUGAUAUAUCAGACAAUCAAGACAUUUUAUUGGUAUUACCCCUCAUGGAAUUUAUCAAAGAAGAUCUAUACAAGAUUUGUAACACCAAUAAUCGUAUCCGGGUGGAAGAUCCCUCAAAUCGAAGUUCAUUGUUUGCUCGAAAUUGAAUCCGCAUGGGCAAGAUACACAAACCUGUGGAUUCAUGUCUGAGCUACAAGGAAGAAUUGCACUUUACAGGCUAACACGGUUGUAUGUUGAUUACAUUUGUUGGGUUCUGUUUGAUCAGGCUGUGACCAUAAUGCCUGUAAGCAACAGAUAUUUUCCACCAUGCUACCUCAUUUAUUUGGUAAACCUUCCUUGACACAUGCCUAUAAAUAUGAUUUCAGUUUACUCUUUACUCUCUGUUAUGGGAAUCUACUACUCAAUCUGAUUUACAAUAAUGUUGCAUUUCACCAGAUAUAGAUAUUAUGGUUGGAUGACUGUUACUAUAUCCAACCCUUGCCCCGACUAAUGAUAACUUUUGUUGGUGGCUGCAGCAUGGUUAUGCUGUUAUUGACCUAGCCAGUUUAAACCCAUCCCAAACAGGAUCUUUAUCCUUGAGAUAGUUUGAACUUAUUGUUGCAACUUCACUGCUGAUAACAGAUGAUAACAGAUAAUGCCCUGAUGACUGAAGGGAGGUUGUAGCUUUCUUAAUGUUUCCUGCUGCAAAAUUUUCGGAUCUACUCGAGCUUCAUGAAAUCAGAGACUUGUUCCAGGGAAGAUACAAAACUCUUUGGAGUACUAUAUGAACCAAAAGUUUGUGCAGAACAUAACUCCCAAACCACCUUGUAUGGAGAAAAACAUGACAUUAUUCGAAGAAAUAGCAGCCAGAUUUACGUUAAGAUGGGAAAGUAGGGCGGCUAGUUCUUCCAUUACUGAGCAGAAACACUAGCGAAUUCCUGAGGUAAAAGUUUGAACACCUUUUGCUAAAGAAUGGGACAGUCAAAGAUGAAGUUUUGCCGAAGAAAAAGAUUGAAGCUACUCCUCCUAUAGUCCUAUGCCUAGUAGAGAACAACAAGUUGAUGGCAGAAAUCAAAUGGAAAGCAGGAGAGACUGACUGUAUUCUUGAGAGUUGAGAGGAAAGAUGAAGUGAAGUAUAAUGUUUCUAAGGCACCAAUCUCAGAUAUAAGCCACUCUUUUGGGGAAGAUAACAAUGCUAAAGAAGCUGUUCGGCCCCCUGUGGGACCCACUUUUACAUAAAUUACCAAAAUACCCCUUUUAGCGGAAAUUACUCAAAUACCCUCAAACACAAACCCUCAAAUGGGCUCGGAUCACAAUUUCGGGGCCCAUAUCUCAGCCUCCCGCAGGCCCAUUGUAACGCCCCGACCUCUAAUUCACUUAUUAAGGAGUACUUAGCAGCGGAAUUAACCUAAUUCGGUCGG